GCGGGGGCGGCGGGCUCCGCUGUGGUGGAGGAGAAAGUGAAGGUGACGAAUCUUCCUGAGGAAGAGAAAAGCGUGGAGGUGAAGGACAAGGGGGAGGAUUCUCUGAGUUCGAAUGGGGUUGCGGUUGCCAAUGCGGAGGUUUUGACUUUCAAGGAUCCGAGAUGGCUUGGGGGGACAUGGGAUUUGAUGCAGUUUCAGAAGAGUGGGCAGACUGAUUGGGAUGCGGUCAUCGAUGCAGAGGCUAGGAGAAGGAAAUGGCUCGAAGGCAAUCCCGAGGCUUCGAGCACCGCCGACCCGGUUUUUGAUACUUCCGUCGUGCCCUGGUGGGCUUGGGUCAAAAGAUAUCACCUUCCAGAAGCCGAACUUUUGAACGGUCGUGCCGCCAUGAUCGGAUUCUUCAUGGCUUAUGUCGUCGACAGCCUCACGGGCGUCGGUCUUGUCGAUCAGACGGGCAACUUCUUCUGCAAAAUUCUUCUAUUAAUCACUGUUGGUGGAGUAAUCCUGAUAAGGAAGACCGAGGAUAUUGAGAAGUUGAAGAAGCUUAUUGAGGAGGCAACCUUUUAUGAUAGGCAGUGGCAAGCAACUUGGCGGGAGGAUGAUGAGAGUGAUUACAAGAAUUAGGGGUUUCAUUGGAAAUGUCAUUAAUAGUUUGUUUGUUGAAGGAUGAUUGGAGUACAUUAAUUUAGUGUUUCAUAUGUUAUUAGUGCUUGGUUUUAUAUUGUGUUAAUAAGGCUAUUUUAGGCAUUGUACUACCUGUCCUAUGUCUCUCUCUAGGAAUAAGUCUCCUCUUUAUGAAAGACAAAUAUUCUGGAAAACUAUUUAUUUAUAAGUACU